CUUUAAUAGUCAUUUAUAGUAGCGAGUGCUACUGAUAAGAUUUAUGAGUAAUAUAUAUACUAUACGUGGUUGUGUAAUUGUGUACCUGAUAUUAAGCAAAUGAAACGAGUUUUCGGUGUUAAUUUGACUAAUUUAGCAAGAGCUGAAAAUAAGGCUGUGCCAACACUUCUCAUUAAAUGUAUUCAAGAAAUAGAACGUCGUGGUGGAUUAUUCUGUGAAGGUCUUUAUCGUAUCCAUGGAAAUUAUGAUCUAGUCGAAGAAUUACGUAUUGAAUUUGAUAAAGAUCCAGAAUUAGCCAAUAUAUCUGAAGCUCAUGUACGUGAUAUCAAUGCUUUGACAAGUUUGAUUAAAUCAUUUCUACGUCAAUCGCCUGUCCCAUUAAUCACCAAUGAAGCUUAUCCAGAUUUACUUUAUGUUGUUCGUAAUGACCGACUAGUGGAACAAGAAAAGCUUGAUUUAUUGAAGAAGGUGUUUUCUCGAUUACCAGGUGCUCAUUAUGAAAGUUUACGUUACUUUAUCAAUGAUAUACACAGGGUAGCUGAAAAGCAAGAAAUCAAUAUGAUGACUACUGCUAACUUAGCUAUUGUUUUAUCUCCAACAUUAUUAAGUUCAUCGUAUACAGAUCCUAUAAGUUGUUUAGCUGGUACACUAUUUGAACAUGCAUUAAUUGAAUUAUUAAUAAAACAUUGUGCUUAUCUAUUACCACCAAGUGGUCGAUGGUAUACAACACCGAGACCAAAUGAAUUAAUCGACGGUGUUAUGCAUUCAUCAUCACUACUAGUUCGAUGACCAGUACAACACCAACAACAACAACAACAUCAGUUCCAAUAUCACCGCCUAGUAUAUCAACUUCAUAUAAAAAAUGGAGUCCAAUGCCAACUUUAUCACCGAUACCACUCUAAUGAAUGAAUGAAUGAAUAAUUUAGGUGAAUAAAUCAAUUUCAAAUGUUCAACUACCUAUUCUUAUUGUUAUUAUUAUUAUUUUCUGUUUAUACCAAGAUUUCUUUUCUAACACAUUCCAUAAUAUUCUUGGAUGCUUUUAUAAACUUCUUUCUCUUAUCUUAAUUUCAUACAGAUACACGUCGGUGGCAUAGCGGUUAGCAU